UCUUUCUUUCUCUCCCUCUCUCACACCCGAGCUCCGCUCUUCUCCGGUGCCCCUUCGCGUCGUCCUUCACCCCCAUUGCCCCGCCUCGGCGUCCCUCUCCGCUGCGUAUUCCCCACCUUGUCGUUCUCCACGGUUGUUUUUCCGGCCACCCCUCGUUUGGAGAAGAUGGAGGACUCGUAUCGUGAGUCGAUUUGGCGAAAAAAGGGUCGUCCUAGAGAGUUGUACCCCGAUGUGUCUUGCAAGGAUGCCCCCGUGCCUCCAGAGGAACCUAUUCCUAACUGUGAUUGUGGACAUCCGGCACACGUGAGCCAGUCGAGACAUCCGGAUACUGCGGCACGUUGCUUCUAUACUUGUUAUAGUUAUAGCCCCUACUUCCGGUGCUUUUUCUUCCAAUGGAUCGACGGGCCGGACAAGUUUGACCCAAGAAUUCUGCUUUUCUACCCCGGCGUUGAUCAUUGCAAACGUGAGUUGUUUACUCGCUGGGUUCCGCCCCCCCCUAACCCUCCUCCUAUGACGGAGGAAGAGAAGGCCGUCGCCUCUGCACUUCGGCUCGAGGAUCCUCCGAAGUGUCAUUGCGGAGAACAAGCCGUGAUAAAUCCACAGAAUGAACUAGAGUUUGUUUGUCCUCUGCGGCGUGAAGAUCGUGGUUUUCGAAAGUGCCGUUUCAAGGAGUGGAUCUAUGGUCCAAAGAGCCAUUGGCCAGAGCCUGAGAAGCAGGAGGAGGUUGUAGAGUGGAAGAAGAAGCGAAGGUCUAUUGCGCCUCCCGUGAUGUGCAAAUGUGGUGUUGAAGCUAGCUACGGCCUAGUUCCUUCAGGUCUUGGGAUUGGCCACUUCUGUGGCCACAUGAUCGACUAUGAUGAGAGCACUCAGAAAUGCAAAUGGGAAUCAUCUGAUGAUGUGUUUAAGUUCAAAGAUGAAUAUAAGGCAAGAGUAGCAGUUCGCAAGACGAGAGGUUAUCCUGCAAACUACGUCACUGAUUUUGUGAAGGACCAUAAGAAGAAAAUGCUUGCAUUCGCCCAGGAGUUGCGUGUUCGUAACCCUGCGAGUAUUGCAUGGAAGAAGUGGUCCGAGGAGAGGGAAAAGGAGAUAGAGGAGUACCGUGCAAGCAAGGCUGAAGAGCAUGCAAGGAAGGCUGCGGAGGAGGCUGAGCGAGUUGAGAUGCAAUGCUUGAACGAUACUAUUGCCUCAUUAUGUGCUAAGAUUGGAUGCACCGGAAACUGGCAAGCAGAUGUGGGCCGUGCUAAGUACGCGGAGAAUAUGAUAUUAGGGCGGGACGGUGCAGUUGGUGGCACUGCUAGCCGUCCGAUUGUGGUCGAAGAGGAGGCCGAGGCGGAGGAAGACGACGACACCGGAAGGAUAGGCGACCUCAUUCGUCUUGCCGAGGAAUUGGGGUACCCUGAGGAGAAGCAUGACCAGAAGACAUCGGUCUACCACUCAUGGUGGCCAACAGACAUGACCGAGGAAGAGGGACAGUUAUACUCUCAGGCGGCAGAAGAGGCGGAGGCAGCUUACUACGAGAGACAGGCUAGUGAGGCCAAGGCAGCGGAGGCGAGCAUGGGUAAGGAGGCUGUAGUGGACGAUUGGGAGUCCGAGGACGAGUUGCUUACGCAGUGGUGCACGCAGUUUGAUUGAUGUGGUAAUGUAUGUGAGUGGCUUAGGGAUGAGACUUUUGUACUAUGAAACUUGUCAUGUAAUAAUUUGUACUCCGACGUAUUUCAA